CAACUUCAUUACAAUAUAAUGGUCCUUAUCUUCGCCAGCCUUAGUUCAUUACCUCUUAAGUUCUUCUUUAAUUCCGUGUCUUAUUUUUCUCAUCUAAAUCCACUAUCAGCCCCAAAUAUGAGAAUUGAAACUUUGAACUGUGCGAAUUUUUCUUCAUGGAAAGGUUCUCUGAUGCUAACUCUUGGCAUGUUGGAUUUUGAUUAUUCAUUGAGAGAUCCUGCCCCUCCUGCCCUCACUGAUAAAAGUACUGCUGAAGAUAAAAUAGUACAUGAGAGAUGGGAGAGGUGCAACAGAAUGACUCUUAUGCUCAUUAAAAAUUCCAUCAGCAUAAUCUUCAGGGGAGCUAUUUCAGAUUCAUCUAAUGCUAAAACAUAUCUGGCUUCCGUGGAGGAAAAAUUCAAAGAAACUUCUAAGGCACAUGCUAGUACUCUUAUUUUGAAGAUGGUGACUACAAAAUAUGACGGGAAUAGCGGCAUUCGUGAGCACAUCAUGAUGAUGAACGUCAUGGCCCGUAAGCUUAAGGGAUUAGACAUGAAGAUCAGUGAAGGUUUUCUGGUGCACUUCAUCAUGACUUCUCUUCCUGCAUCUUUCGAAGCUUUCAAGGUCAAAUACAACACCCAUAAGGUCAAGUGGUCGAUGAUUGGGUUGAUCGCUAUGUGUGUACAAGAAGAAGAGCGUCUGAAGCUGGACAAACCUGAUGUGGCUUACCUCAUGACCGCUAAUCCAAAGAAGAGGAAGGGCAAUGUUGAUAAGAAGGAAGUUUCUAAAGUCCAGAAAUGUGAUGCAAGUGCUUCUUCCAGCUCUAAGAACUCCAAAGGGAAGUCUUACUGAAAGUUCUACGGCAAGGAAGGACAUAGACAUAAAAACUGCCAAGACUUUAAGGAGUGGCUGACGAAGAUGGGUAAUCAUCUUUACAUGAUACUUGAGUCCUUUAGUUUAAAUGUUCCAACUAAUACAUGGUGGUUUGACUCUAGUUCUAUGGUUCAUGUAACCAACUCACUUCAGGGAUUCCUUACAAUCUAGAAGCUAGAAAGAAACCGAAGAACACUUAAACUGGGGAAUGGAACAGAGCUAGCUGUCGAAGCCGUGGGAACCUUAGAAUUAAUAAUGAAAACUAGUUUAUGUAUUAAACUUUAUGAUACCUU